UUUCCUACAACUGCUAUUACUUGAAAAGGGGAAACGACAUACAACCAGUGCUAAACUUAAUUUGUAGAAUAGACUGUCUUUUUUAUAAAACUGUGGACUUGACAUCCUACAACAAUAACACUACUUUCUUUAACAAUAGCUUGCAUUUUGUCAGCGACUUCCUGACUGCCGCAGAUGACGCCAAACAGGAAGUAGGAAGGAGAUUGUUUUUGGAGCAGAGAAAAGUUAGCAGUGAAGUAAGGUUUGGUAAUUCGCUGAAAGAAGUAGUCUACAUGAUGGGUUUAUUUGGGAAAACACCAGAGAAACCACCGAAGGAUUUGGUAAAUGAGUGGUCACUGAAGAUAAGGAAAGAAAUGAGAGUCAUUGAUCGACAAAUUCGAGACAUCCAGAGAGAGCAAGAAAAAGUGAAACGGUCAGUAAAAGAUGCAGCCAAGAAGGGUCAGAAAGAUGUGUGUAAAAUUCUGGCAAAGGAAGUUAUACAUUCUCGAAAAGCAGUUAACAAAUUGUAUGCUUCCAAAGCCCACAUGAACUCUGUCCUUCUCAGUAUGAAAAAUCAGUUGUCUGUGCUCAGGGUUGCAGGCUCAUUACAGAAGAGCACAGAAGUCAUGAAAGCUAUGCAUAACCUGGUCAAAAUCCCUGAAAUUCAAGCAACAAUGAGAGAAUUGUCAAAAGAAAUGAUGAAGGCUGGUAUAAUUGAAGAGAUGCUAGAAGAUACAUUUGAAGGCAUGGAAGAUGAGGAAGAAAUGGAGGAAGCAGCUGAGCUGGAGAUUGAAAACAUUUUGUUUGAGAUCACUGCAGGUGCUUUGGGCAAAGCUCCCAGCAAAGUUACAGAUGCUUUGCCAGAACCAAAAGAGAUGGUGGCCACACCCGUGUCUGAUGAAGAACCAGAGGAAGACCUUGAGGCAAUGCAGUCCCGACUUGCAGCACUUCGUAGCUAAACUCUUUCCUUUUUCCAGUGUGUGCUUUGCACACACACAGUUAUUUCUGCUUGUUCUCUGCAAAGGGUCUGGAUAUUUUCUUGUUGACUCUUGUAUUGAUGUACCUCUGAUUGCACAAAUUUAUACGGUUCUGAGACACUAAAUCAAAAACGCUUAUUUUCUCCAGACAUUUGGUUUACUUGUCUAUUCAGUUGUUUUGUUGCAGAAAUUUAGUGCAUUUCUUUUUUAUUAGUAUUAUUAUGUUUGCCUUCUAACCACGAAAGGUUAUUCAAAACUAAAUUUGGUGUAUACAGAGUAAGAAAGUUUUUACUACCAGAAAGCCUUGUUGUAAAUAUAGACAUUAAAUAUAUUGCUACAUUUAAUAAUUUCUGCCAAAUUUGCAGAAAAAAAGCAAACGUAUGCCUUUUUGAAGUUUCAGGAUUAAGUAUAUGGUUACUUGUAUUAAUGUCAUUGUGAUACAGCCAUAUACAUUUGAAACUGUAUUUAUCAACAUGCUUAUUAAAGUGGCCUGCAAAAAAAUAAGGGCAACUGUAAGUGCAAGCUGUAAAUAGAACAUGUAUAGGAGAAGGGUUAACUUUGCCCAUUUAAACAUUUUGUAAAAGUCAUAAUUUUCUGUUGUAAAAAAAACUGAUUUAAAGACAGAAAUAAAGUUGCUUUUGUUUUUGUAAUGUA